AUGGAGCGCGUGAACCGGUCAGAGCUGUGCUUUCCACAACUGGCUAACCUGUCAUGCAGGAAAUCCUCAUCUAGCUUUUCUGAAGGUGUCUUUCUAAGUGUUCUCCUGCCCUCAACCGGCAUCCUCACCGUGCUGCUCAAUCUCCUGGUCAUUGUCGCAAUCUCCCAUUUCAGGCAGCUCCACACACCCACGAAUCUCCUCCUCCUCUCACUCGCCAUCACUGACAUCCUUGUAGGUCUCCUGAUGAUGUCGGCUGUAAUGUAUAUGACAUCAUCCUGCUGGAUGCUUGGGGAUAUUCUGUGUUGUCUGUUCGCUCUAACAUUGGUUUUGGUAACAACUGCCUCGGUGGGCAACAUGGUACUGAUAUCAGCUGACCGUUAUGUGGCCAUUUGUAACCCUUUGCAAUAUAACGUCAAAAUCACUUUGAAAAGAAUUCAAAUUUCUGUUUGUCUAUGUUGGAUCUCAUCUCUCCUUUACUGUUGGAUCAUUUUGAAUGAACAAAUUGUGCAUCCAGGAAAGUUCAACUCUUGCUAUGGAGAGUGUGUUAUUAAGGCUGACAUUAUAGGGGGAAUUUUUGAUGUGAUUUUCACGUUCAUCCUUCCUCUCACUGUCAUCAUCACGCUAUACACGAGAGUGUUUGUAAUUGCUGUAUCUCAGGCUCGAGCCAUGCGCUCCCAAGUCACACGUGGCAAAGUACUGAAUUUCGUCUUUAUUGGCCCAAAAAAAUCUGAGUUGAAGGCAGCCAGGACUCUCGGGGUUCUCGUCUUCGUCUUCCUCGUGUGUUUCUGUCCGUAUUAUAGUGUCUCUCUCAUAGGGGACAACAGAUUACCUUCUAAAUUCAAAAGCUAUUUUGCUUAUAUGUAUUUGUUCAACUCGUGUAUGAACCCCUUAAUAUAUGUCUUGUUUUACCCGUGGUUUAGAAGAGCUAUUCGACUCAUUGUUACCCUGCACAUAUUGUGUCCUGGUUCCCGUGACACUAAAGUGAUGUAG